AUGACGGAUAUGACUUUUUCACACCUUUUCACUGACAAAUGCCCUGGGCCCAAGAAGAAGAAAGCAUGGAGCGGCGGUCUUCCGAUCGACGACUUCAUCAAGACACCAAUUGAAGGUCGCGCAAACGACGACCUUCAUCAUGCUCCGCGAGAACGGCACGCUCGUCGACCUGAACCCAUCGACCCAGCGAGCCGUCGGCAACAUGAAAGCCACCAUCACGCAGCGCUUCAACUGGGACGGGACGGGCUCAACUUUGACGUCGAGUGCGACUGCCGCUUCAUCAAUUUCUGUCUGAAGGAGGGACUUGAGUGGAAGGCGUUUUAUGAUCUUUAUGCCGCGAUGGAUGCUUGA